AUGAGCGACCAAGCAUCCGGGAUGCGUGGCGGCGAUUUUCCAGAAAGUUCACAAGGUGCCAGAUCAAAUGUAUCACAUCCAACAUCAGGUCCCUCCGACAUGGACCCAAGAAAAGCACAAGGCUCAAUGUCUCAAUCUAAAGAUUCACGGACUAGCUACUUGCCCAGCCAGUCUUUCCAUUCUCAGCAACAUGUCCCCCAGCAAAGGCCAGACGCCUUCAUGUUACCAGGGCUUGCAGGGGCGUUGCCAGACAUAUCCCACCACAACUACGGCAAUUUCCCUCAGCAAGGACAGAUUCCCAACCAAUCUCCUUCCGGGCUUGUCUAUCCAAUGCAAAAUAUGACCCAAUUUGUUGGCUCGCCUAUCCCGAAUCAGCCAAAUGUAGCUUACGCUGCACUCUAUCAAGGCCAACUCCAGGGCAUAUAUCCUACAGACCAGACGCCAUCAACGCAACAACUACAGCCGGCGGCCGCUGGCGGCCAGAAUUUCCAGGGUGGAUACAUUGCGCAACAUCAGCAACCGAGCUCUCAGUAUUUUCUACAACCUCAUCAAUAUGGCUCCCAGGAUCAGAUAUACUCUGGGAAUUCGACAACCGCGCAAGAUAGAAUGAGAAAUGACUUUUCUAGAGAAAGUAGGCAACAGCCGGGUAGCGAAUACAUGAGGGCCAGUCCCAGUUCUAGUGGACCUGCAAGAUCCGGUAGCAUAGCUUCCAGCCCUGGCAAGUCCUCAGUCGUACGUGGCCCACCACGAAAGCCACGCCAAAGCGGUCAUGCUAUUUGGAUCGGUAAUCUCCCUCCUCAAACAGAUUUGAUGAAUCUUGUUUUCCAUGUGUGCAAGGAAACGCCAGAACUAGAGUCUCUCUUCCUCAUUUCGAAGAGCAACUGCGCGUUUGCGAAUUUUAGAGAUGAAGCAGCCUGCAUUGCAGCCCAGGCGAAGAUCCACGAUUCUCGGUUUCAAUCUGUUCGACUAGUGAGUCGUUUGCGGAGAGGAUCGGUGGGAGCAGUGGCUGGUUUGGCUGCUCCUUCUGGCCCCGCAGCUUUAACUCCGCCUAAUAACCCCGUCGUUGCACGCACACCUUCUCCCGAGGAUGAAACGACCCUGAAAGAACCAAGCUUAGAGGUCGAUGGCGAGAAGUCAGGUACUGGAGAAGGUUCAUUGGCUAAAGAUAGGUUCUUUAUUGUGAAGAGUCUUACAGUUGAAGAUCUAGAGUUGAGUGUCCGCAAUGGGAUAUGGGCAACCCAGUCACACAAUGAAGAGACACUGAACAAGGCUUAUCAAGCGGCAGAGAAUGUAUACUUGAUAUUUUCAGCAAACAAGUCAGGCGAAUAUUUUGGGUAUGCACGGAUGACCUCCCUAAUCAAUGACGACCCCGAUGCUGCGAUCGAAUUUGCACCGAAACCUCAAUCCGUCGAGGACCCGGACCUUCCGAAGGCAAUACCUACCCCCGCGACCGAAUUUGCACCGAAAGGCCGAAUUAUCGAUGAUUCAGCUCGAGGCACAAUUUUUUGGGAGGUUGAACGAGAUGAGGAUGAAGAGGAGGGCGCAGACAACAGAAGCGACCACGGAGACCUGGAGGCUCCAGCUUCGAAAUCGUGGGGUAAACCGUUCAAGAUUGAGUGGAUGUCAACGACGCGGCUCCCUUUUUACCGAACUAGAGGCCUACGUAACCCGUGGAACUCUAAUCGCGAGGUCAAGAUUGCCCGAGAUGGGACUGAGCUAGAAACUUCCGUUGGACGAGGUUUAUUGGGACUAUUCCACCUGAUGCCAAGCCCAGCUGUACCACAAAUGCAGGCCACCUCUGUGCCCAUGAUGGGAGGUCUUCCGCAUAUGCAAAAUUUUUAG